CGUGACUUUAAAUCCACGCGCCGGGCCGCCCAUAUAAAUCCAAAGGGACGAGGAAAGAGCUCGAAAUUUCGAAACUCCAGAAAUCGAACCCGCCUUAAUCGCCCUGUCACCGUUCCUCCAAUCCGUUCUUCUGUUUCUGUUUGGGUGCUGGGAAGAUGUCGGCGGAUUCGUACUCCGAGAGAAGUUUGUACGGUGGCGCAAUCUCCAGCACCUUUCCUCUCAGGUUCCAGGAUGUGAGCGAUCUUCGUCAAGUUCCUGAUCACCAGGAAGCUUUCGUGGACCCUGCAAGGGAUGAGAGUUUAAUCUUUGAGCUCUUGGAGUUGAAGCAUGAAGUUGGAGAUAAUGGAAGUGCUGCUUGGUUUCUCCAAGACCUUGCUAAUGAGCAAGAUGCUGAAGGGUUCACCCUUCUAGAGCAAUCAGGAGUGGUUGAGGUGCCAGGUUUACGAUACAGGAACCUUCCGGUUGUUAUUACCACUGCAGUUGGACAAAUGGUACUUUCUAUCUCUAAGGGACGCCAAGGAAGGGAAGCUCAAAACAUUGUGAAGGUGUAUUUGGCGAACAUAAGACUGAAGGAAGUUGGCACGGACAUGCUUAUAACAGCUUACGAACCCAUCGUGAUAAAUCCAUUCAGCGAAAGUGCAAGCGCAGUUGGUGCUGGGCUAGCAGCUCCAGCCUUGCAAUCUGGGUUCAUGCCUAUGUCAGAGGUGUACAAAGUUGCGGUGACUUCAAUGAAAGUGAACGACUGGAGCCUUUUUGGUGCUCCAUCUUAGGGAACACUGUCUGAUUAACCAGAACGGGAAAUGAACUCACUGAGCAGCUUUGGUCUGGUGUACCACUCGAUUCAAGCCCCAUUCUCUCUCGUUCCCUCCACGGUUCAUAUGUGAACAAGCUGAUUGGUUAGGAAUGAAUUUCCCUUUUGCUUUUUAUGGAAUUAGUGUUUUGGGAAAUCUUUUUCGUUUCAAUGGUUUAGUCUGUGACUUUUUUAUACGUCUCAAGUGGGUUAGUGGCUGAAUGUGGUCAAAAUGGUGAUGGUCAAAUUUGUUUUGGUAGUGUGGAAUUAUUAAAAAAAAAA